UGUAGUUACGAUCAAAAUUUCAAUAGACCAAUUUGUUUUGGCUGAAAUGGACAAUUUAGCUCAUCUGCACCAUGGCACAUCUUACUGUCCAACCAAGGCUUAUAUGAGUCCCCAGCUCUGGGUAUGCACCUCUCUUUUGUAGGUAGAAAUUAAAGAUCUAUAUGGCACUGAGUCAAUCGAAGCUUGUAGGUGAGGAGUCCAAUACAUAAAACUUGGGAUUUUUUUUUUCAUUCUGUCUUUACCUAGUUGAAUGUACAUAGUUGAUAUCUCACCUAAAAUAAAAACUUAAAUUUGUUGGUCAGGACUCAAGAAUGUAUCAGUCCAAUAAUUAUUCUAGCUGUUCUAGAUUUUAUUUUGUUACAGCAGUCCUCGUGAACUUCAUUUUAGAUUUUUUUUUUUUUUUUUUAGUCUGUUGCUACUCAACGGAGUCUUAUGAUACUUUGGCUAUGCUGCAGGAGCAUCUUCCAAAAAGAAAUCAUUCUUCAACAACCCAUGGAAGAUUGCUGUAGGAAUUAUAGCUAGUAUGCUUAGCAUGGGGACGAUUAUAAUUAUCCUCUCAAUGGUUGGCAUGGGACAAUUGUGGAAGAAGAAAACAGAAGAUGAUCAAAGAAUGGAGGCCUUUAUUAGAAAUUGUGGAUCGCAUGCUCCACGAAGAUAUACUUUUUCUGAUGUUAGAAAUAUUACAAAAUCAUUCAGUGAAAAACUUGGUCAAGGAGGCUAUGGUAAUGUGUACAAAGGAAAACUGCCCGAUAGUCGUCUUGUGGCAGUGAAGAUCUUGAAAGAAUCUAAGGGCAAUGGAGAGGAGUUCAUCAAUGAGGUGGCUAGCAUGAGUAGAACAUCCCAUGUAAAUAUAGUAAGCCUCCUGGGUUUUUGCUGUGAGAAGAAUAAAAGAGCUUUAAUCUAUGAAUUCAUGUGCAACGGAUCUUUGGAUAAGUUUAUACGUGAUACAGAAUCUUCGACUACAAAUUGCAAUUUAGAGUGGAAAACACUUUACCAAAUUGCAAUCGGCAUUGCUAGAGGACUAGAAUACUUGCACAGAGGUUGUAACAUAAGGAUUGUGCAUUUUGAUAUAAAACCUCACAACAUUCUUUUAGAUGAAGAUUUUUGUCCAAAAAUUUCUGAUUUUGGGCUUGCUAAACAAUCCAACCAGAAAGACAGUAUUAUAUCAAUGUUAAACACAAGAGGAACUAUAGGAUACAUUGCACCAGAAAUGUUCUGUAGAAGCUUUGGAGGAGUAUCUCACAAGUCCGAUGUCUACAGUUAUGGAAUGAUGAUUUUAGAAAUAGUUGGAGCAAAAAAGAAUAUUGGUGCCAGGGUAUCACAAAUGAGUGAAAUAUAUUUUCCAGAUUCAAUUUAUAACCUUCUUGAACCGGAUAACGAUUUUGAUCUUCCAAGCGUUGUCACUGAAGAGGAAAAAGAGAUAGCAAAAAGGAUGAUAUUGGUGAGCUUGUGGUGCAUUCAAACCAAUCCAUCUCAUAGACCUGCAAUUACCAAAGUUGUGGAGAUGUUGGAAGGUAGGCCACAGAACUUACAAAUUCCACCAAAACCUUGUUGGUCUUCUCCGCCAAGAUCCCCCAAACUUUCUUCAGUGGCAUCCUCAUCAACACAACUUGCUUCCAAAUGUGAAAUGCUUUAAAAUUUGAGAGAUAAUUGUAACAAAAUAAAUAUU